GGAAAGAGAAAGAUUAAAGGUUGAGGGCCUCGGACAUCCCGAUAGCUUCCUGCCGGGGAUAGCUCAAGGCUAUGAUAAAGCACGCUAUCACAAUUGACCCGAUUGCCAGGAUUCCCAGUCUAAGGUCAUGGUCGAAGAAGGUGAUAGGCUCCCACUUGGUAGCCGUGACAGGAAAUCGGGUCUGCAGGCCUUAAACGUCGACACAUGAUGAUCUCUGCUGCGGAGGCAGAGACCAGCAUGAUAAGGUCGCACAAUGAUUGAACACAUAAUUUUGCAGCUCUGCAUACGUAAGAAUCUUGAUGUUGCGGUGUCGAGGAUUUCUGGCUGUCAACCCCACCUCUAACCAAACGCCAAACUCAAUUCCAGGGUCCAGGUGGGCCGGGCAGAACCAACGUUCAACGUCCCGUUGGCUUCUCUUCAAGCCGUUGCCGCAGCCGUAGCCGUAGCCGCACACGUCAGUGAAAAAGCAAAUGCCGACUGAAGCUCCAAGGAAAGGCUGCCGUCUGCUUGUUCAAUGCGCCACCUCCGCAUUAUGUCGCUGGCCUCACUGGCAGACCGUUGGGCACGGUGCGCGUUCUCGUGUUACUGCACUGUGUUACUGUAUUGUAUCGGUGUACCGCGUGGUCCCUUCCGGCAUCUUUGUCGGUCGUGCGACACGCGCCUUGCGCUUGGUUGGCAUGUUACGUCUCCUAGCGAUGAUGAUCGUCGGCAUUGUACAGUAAACCCAUCCCACGUGGGUACGAUGAUUGGUAAAAGGUAGAUCUGACGAUAGUCGGCCGUCACAAGCUAAUGGGCCUUUUUCAAACCUUGGAGCUGGAUCGGUACUGUAGAUAAGAGCAGCUUUGCCUUUGUAAAGAUUUUUUGCUCAAGACGCGGUGUGCAGGUGACGCAGCCUGGACUGGAUCGUGAGGGUGGCUAGGACGCGUAUUGUGGCCAGAUACGGAAGGUGGAUAGCUCAGGACUGAACGCUACAAGAAGGCGACAAGCGGAGAUGGAAAGUCUGCAGCUCUGAGCCUCUGAGGUUGGUGUUGAAGUUGCAAUGAGGUGGUUGGGUGAGGGAGGGGAG